UUGCACCUUUGUUGGAAAGUUGAAUUUUGUAUAACCUUGACCACACCGUUGUUGAACAGUUGUUUUGUACUCAUAUUACUUUUUCAACUUCAUAGGUUUGUAUUUGAUGAUCAAAUUGAUUUUGUUAAAUCAUCGGUCAUAGAAGGAACACAGUUUGAAGAUGAUUCAGACCAAGAGACCAUCGAUGCAAAAGAUAUUCUAAAAAGGGAGCUCCAGGAUGAGCGGAAAACCCUUCCAAUCUACAAAUUCAGAGAUGAACUGCUCAAGGCUGUUGAUGAAUAUCAGGUUAUUGUCAUAGUGGGAGAAACCGGCUCUGGUAAAACGACGCAAAUACCUCAAUAUCUUCAUGAAGCUGGAUAUACAGCAAGAGGAAAGGUUGCUUGUACACAACCUCGUCGAGUGGCAGCCAUGAGCGUUGCAGCUAGGGUGUCUCAAGAGAUGGGUGUUAAAUUGGGACACGAGGUUGGUUACUCCAUAAGGUUUGAGGAUUGUACCUCAGAGAAAACAAUGAUUAAAUACAUGACUGAUGGAAUGCUUUUGAGGGAGUUUCUUGGAGAACCAGAUUUGGCUGGCUAUAGUGUUGUCAUGGUUGAUGAGGCUCAUGAGCGCACGCUGUCUACUGAUAUCUUGUUUGGUUUGGUUAAGGACAUUGCUAGGUUUCGUCCAGACCUGAAGUUGCUCAUUUCAAGUGCAACCCUUGGCGCAGAAAAAUUUAGCGACUACUUUGAUUCAACUCCUAUUUUCAAGAUUCCUGGGAGGCGAUACCCUGUUGAAGUACAUUAUACAAAAGCUCCAGAAGCAUAUUACAUUGAUGCUGCCAUUGUCACUAUUUUACAGAUACAUGUGACACAACCCCCUAGUGAUAUCCUAGUGUUCCUUACAGGACAGGAAGAAAUUGAAACUGUUGAUGAGAUCCUGAAACACAAAACAAGGGGUUUAGGCACAAAGAUUCCAGAGCUAAAUAUAUGCCCUAUUUAUGCAAAUCUGCCUACUGAACUUCAAGCAAAGAUCUUUGAGACAACCCCUGAAGGUUCUCGGAAAGUGGUCCUGGCCACUAAUAUAGCAGAGACUUCAUUAACCAUUGAUGGUAUAAAAUAUGUUAUUGACCCAGGUUUUUGCAAGAUCAAGUCAUAUAACCCUCGUACAGGGAUGGAAUCCCUGCUUAUCAAUCCCAUCUCAAAGGCAUCAGCAAACCAGAGGGCAGGAAGAUCUGGACGGACAGGACCAGGAAAAUGUUUCCGUCUGUACACAAGUUAUAACUACAUGCAUGAUCUUGAGGACAAUACUGUUCCAGAGAUACAAAGAACCAACCUUGCAAAUGUUGUUCUUACACUUAAGAGUCUUGGUAUUCAUGACUUGGUUAAUUUUGAUUUUAUGGACCCACCUCCUUCAGAGGCCUUGUUGAAGGCCCUGGAACAACUUUUUGCUCUUAGUGCACUCAACAGUCGUGGAGAGUUGACCAAGACUGGAAGACGAAUGGCAGAGUUUCCACUAGAUCCUAUGCUGUCAAAGAUGAUAGUAGCUUCAGAGAAAUAUAAGUGUUCUGAUGAGGUCAUGUCCAUUGCGUCAAUGCUGUCGAUCGGCAAUUCUAUAUUCUACCGUCCGAAGGACAAACAGGUUCAUGCAGAUAAUGCAAGGUUGAACUUCCACACUGGGAACGUUGGGGACCACAUAGCCUUACUCAAUGUCUAUAACUCAUGGAGAGAAACAGACUUCUCGACUCAAUGGUGUUAUGAAAAUUAUAUCCAGGUCCGCAGCAUGAAGAGAGCAAGAGACAUUCGAGAUCAACUGGAGGGACUUAUGGAGAGAGUUGAGAUUGAGGUCUGUUCAAAUGCCAGUGACUUGGAUGCUAUUAAAAAGGCUAUAACAUCCGGUUUCUUCCACCAUUCUGCACGGUUGCAGAAGAAUGGUUCAUAUAGAACUGUCAAGAACCCUCAGACGGUCUUUAUCCACCCUAGUUCAGGAUUAGCACAGCUACUUCCUCGUUGGGUAAUAUACCACGAACUAGUUCUCGCGACAAAAGAGUACAUGCGCCAGGUGACGGAACUGAAGCCCGAAUGGCUGGUGGAAAUUGCUCCGCACUACUACCAACUAAAAGAUGUGGACGACGCUGGUUCAAAGAAGCUGCCCAAGGGCCAAGGACGAGCUGCAUUGUAGACUGCCUGGACUCAUGAAGCCAGCGUUUGGACAGAUUAGAUGUUGCGUAAACAGUUUAGUUUCGAAUAUCGGAUCGGGAUCCCUUUUCUACCUUCUCUUAGAUUACAUUAUAUCACUCACCAGGUCCUGUCAACAUGACCCACCGUUCUUGUACAAGUUUGUGGGUGUGGGUAGAGCUGUAGACAGUUUGGCACAACCCAGCGUUGAUGCCGGGACCCUCAGUCCUUCGUCAUGCUGGUUAUCAAACAAACAUACAUUGGCUACCACUAUACUACAAUCCAACUAAGUUUUCAAUUAAAAUAGUU